UCUAGCAGUUUUUAAGAGUCUCUCCAAUAUCAAUGGGAAAAUCCAAAGCCAUGGCUGGAACAAGGUGGCCAGUGGAGAAUAGUUUAAGGCUGAUUAUUUUAUCUGUCAUGUUACUAAUUGCCCCAAUUAGAGCAGACCCAGAGACCAGACUUUUAGCCUUCGGAUGCAGCGAUGUCCCAAACACCAACGUUGCACUCUUUGCGAAAAACUUGAAGGCGGCUCUGGCAGCCGUGGUGGAAAAUGUUGUUCCAUCUGGAUUUGCUACAAAAAAUGAGGCGGGAGCAUCAGAUCUGGUAGAUUCAGUAUAUGCACUGGCGCAGUGUAGAAAGGAUAAGUCCUCUACUGAUUGCGCUAACUGCAUCAAGGUAGCAAGAAAAAAAAUUGGCAACUGUACAAAAGUUACCGGCGGCAAGGCAAGCUACGACGGAUGUUUUCUGCGUUAUGAGAACUAUAAUUUUUACAACACCGGCUACACCGAUCCCGGAAAUAUGGAGGUGUGCGGUACUGCCAACGCGUCCAACUCCAAUUCUUUUUCGGCGACUGCUCAAAGUUUGAUAAGCGAUCUUUGCACUGCAACUCCAAGAAUAAAUGGUUAUUUUGCUGCACAGACUAGACAAGGGCCGUCUAAUACCACAGUCUAUGGACUUGCCUCGUGUAUACAUUCCCUUCAAAGGGAUUCCUGCGAAAAGUGCCUCGCUAUUGCCCAGGACAACAUAAACAAGUGUUUUUCUCGCUCCGAGGGACGGGCUGUAGACGCCGGCUGCUACUUGCGAUACGAUUCCAAACCCUUUUUUCCAAGCAACGCGACUAUCGACUUGGCAGAUUUCUUACCCAGAGGGAAGAAGGCGAGUUCUACAGUCUGGAUAAUAAUUGGUGUUGUGGGAGGGGUAUUUCUAGGUGGCCUUAUAACUUGUCUCCUUCUCUUCCGGAAGCAGAUAAUACGCCCAAGCCAGAAAGAAGCGGAUACUGAAGGAGCAACAGAACUUCGUGGGCCGGUAGCUUUUGACUUCAAGAUACUGAAAAAGGCAACCAACAAUUUUGAUCAAGCAAAUAAGCUUGGACAAGGAGGGUUUGGUGAAGUAUUCAAGGGUACUUUGAAAAAUGGCAACGUUGUGGCAAUAAAGAAGCUGACAUUAGGUCGCUCUGUCCGUGCAACUGCUGAAUUCGAAAGCGAAGUGAAACUCAUUUCUAAUGUUCAUCACAAAAAUCUUGUGCGUUUACUUGGAUGUUGCAGACAAGGCCACGAAAGGCUCUUGGUUUAUGAGUACAUGCCCAACGGCAGCCUCGACAGAAUAUUAUUUGGAGAACAUAAAAAACAUCUGGGUUGGAAGGAAAGGUUCAACAUUAUCCUGGGCACUGCUCGUGGUCUGGCCUAUCUCCAUGAGGAAUUCCAUAUCUGUAUCAUCCAUCGUGAUAUUAAAUCAAGCAAUAUAUUAGUUGAUCAUAACUUGGAGGCGAAAAUAGCAGAUUUUGGGUUGGCAAGACUUCUCCCACAUGAUAAAAGCCAUAUUAGCACAAAAUUUGCAGGAACCUUAGGAUACACCGCUCCUGAAUAUGCUGGCCAUGGGCAAUUAACAGAGAAAGCUGACACCUACAGCUUUGGUGUGGUAGUUCUUGAAAUUGUCAGUGGCAGAAAAAGCAUUGACUUGAAUCAACCACCUGAUAAGCAAUAUCUGCUUGAAUGGGUUUGGAGCCUACACGAAGAAAACAAGGUUUUAGAGAUGGCGGAAAGCAAAGAGAAGAUUGAAGGGUACAGUGAAGAAGAGGUGUUGAGGGUGAUAAACCUUGCACUUCAAUGCAUACAAGGUUCUACCACUCAUAGGCCAUCAAUGUCUGAGGUUGUGACAAUACUUUUAAGUAAAGCUGAGAUUGAUUUUCAGAAACCUCUCCAGCCAGCAUUCGUAGACGUGGGGUACAAAGUACGUGGAGAAAGUUCCCCUCCAUCAUCUCAAUCAAAUGCUACGGUUACAGAAUCCCUUAGUGCUCGUUAGUAGAGUUUACUUCUCUUGAUGAUGGACACAUGGAUUCUAAUCAGGUUAUUAGAAGAUAAAAUAUCUAUAUGUAUUCAAUAUUAGGGGUUAUUUGUCUUGUUGAUGGAUAGAUGGAUUCUAAUAAGGUUGAAGACAAAUAUCUUUAUGUAUUCAAUAGUUUUCAAGGAGUGGUAAGUUUGAUGAGUAAAUUGUAGUUAUUCAUGUAUGUAAGGAAGUAGUUUGGUUACAA